GUGUGUGUGUGUGUGUGUGUGUGUGUGUGUGUGUGUGUGUGUGUGUGUGUGUGUGUGUGUGUGUGUGUGUGUGUGUGUGUGUGUGUGUGUGUGUGUGUGUGUGUGUGUGUGUGUGUGUGUGUGUGUGUGUGUGUGCGUGUGUGUGUGCGUGUGUGUGAGAGAGAGACUCUGUGUUGAAAUUUCUCUGGAGAAUAAACGAUUCGGACGACAGCUCCAUUUUCUCCUGCUCUGGAAGUACUUUUGUUUACGACUGGAUUUAACUUCUUCGAACUCAUCAUCUGUAAACUGGAUUGUGUCUUUGUUAUUGUCAUCUUCAAACACUCCAUAGUCCAGAACCACGGAGACACCGGAUCAUUUCCCAGUCCAGAACAUGGUUUCCUGAACGACCCGCUCACAGGGACAUCUGAAGGAUCUUAACCCGUCUGGGCCAUGACUGCCAACAUCUCAGGGACAGCAGCUCUGCCGGCGACCUCAGCGUUUAAUCUGACGGCAGCCGCUCAGGCAGACCUCGGGCAGGGUCGGUCUCUCCCACCGCUCUGCACCCUCUGUUGCUGCGGGGUCAUCAAUCGCACCCUCGCUGUGGCGUUCAUGGUCAGCCUGGCGUUUGCCAUCGUGGUGGGAAACGUGGUCACUCUUACAGUGUUUGUGCAAACAAGACAGUCCAGAACUCCACAGGGAUACUUGAAAGUCUCUCUGGCCAUAGCAGACAUGAUGGUUGGCGUUGUCGUGGUUCCCUUCUCUGUCUACACAGAAAUCUCUCUGAUGGUGACCAGCUCGCCCCCAGUGUGGUACCAGGGCAGCGCCGCCUCCUCCACCUCUCAAGGUGAGCUGCCUAGCCCCUGGCAGCCCUGCAUGCUGAUUGGUCCCGUCUUUGGUGGAUGCACUUUUGUCUCCAUCAGCACCAUCUUCCUGAUGACCUUGGAGCGCAGCGUGGCUAUCCUGUGGCCGCUCCACAAGGACGCGCUGGUGACAAGGAGACGAACGCUGUUCCUCAUCCUGCUGUCCUGGGCAGCCAGCUUCCUGCUGGCUCUGGCUCCGCUCAUCUUCAGCAGUAACUUCACGUUAGAGUACAACGAGUGCAGCCGCAUGUGCAAUUACACCCCUCUGCUGUUUGGAGGCCGGCUUCCACAUGAUGCCAACAUCCUGCUGCUUUUCCCAGCAUUCGACUUCACACUUCUGGGUGGCACAUUAGCAGUGAACAUUGUGUCUUUCACCAGCAUCCGAAGGUACACCAGGAAACGCAAGCUGCUCUCAGAGGGGAGUCUGAGUGAUGGAGGGGGAGGCGGGGGAGGAUGCUCUUACAGACCCUCCUUCUCAGACAUCAAGGCUGCAAAGACAAUUGGCAUACUGACGUUUGCCUUCACGGCGUCCUUCUCUCCCAUUGCCGUGUUCGUGCUGGGGAACGUGGUGGGAUACACCUGGUGUAACUUUUCCUUUUUCGCCUUCUGGAUUCUGACGGGAAACAGUUGCUGUAAUGUGAUUAUCUACAGCGUCAGGGACAGCCGCUUCAGGAAAGGUGUGACCCUGCUCUUUCAGAGAGAACAGUCACUCCCUCACGGAGAGAAGACCUGAGGACUGCAUCCAGUUAUUCUGUGGCUCCGUGGUUUUGAAUCACUUAAAGUUGUUAUUCACUUUAUUCAUGAGAAGAUCAGUUUCCUCCUGAUGGGAACAAAGGUGAUGUUACAGAGAGGAGAUGGGGAAGCAGCUGUCCAAAUGAAACGCAUGGUCUUGUUCACACUGUUGCAUGCAGUUUGGAGUUGGGACCACAAAGGGACGGUUCGGAGUCCAGGUGUGAAUGCAACGAGAACAAAUAGUCCUCUUAGCAGUCUGAUCAGGAUUACUCCGGAUUACUGAUGUACUCUGGUGAAAAAGUACACAUCUGAGAAAACUAAUUAUUUAGAGUAAAACUAUUUAAAGUGAAGGAUCAGUGGACCAGGUGGCAAGUUUUAUAUUAAUCAGAAUGCAGCCUGAUUUUUCUCAGACCGAUGUAAGUUAAACCAUGUGAGACUGAAAUAUGGUGUUAUAAAAUAAAAUGUUUGUUGUGGUUAAAA